AUGUCGUUGGUAGCCAUUUCGCUGCCGACUUUAUGGCUUGCACCUCCUCCAGACUUUGCUACUUUUUCACAUGAUCCCAACAUUGAACCUGCAUCUAUCGCUAUCAGUGCCAUUUUCGCUAGCCUUGUCGUUGUCCUUGUUGCAGUCACAAUUAGCAAGAAGAACAGGGGCAGUUUUCUUGAUGACACCAGUGAGCACAUAGAGCGAAUGGACAAGCACCUCAAGAUUAGUGGGCCACUGGAAGACGUACUGAGAAGGAACAAUGCAACAGACCACCAACCCAGACCAAGGCCAUGGUCAGGGUUUUCCAGUUCCAAUUCGGAUAUCGUUCGAAGAGAUCAUGAAGUCGAAGAUAAAGAAGCAGAAGCAGCAGCAGCAAGUAGAGGAGCUUUUGAACUAGCCAGCAAACCAGUUCGUACACCAAUCUUCCACAUUACCGCACCACAUCCCCCAAACGCUGUUGAGCUCGAGGUCCGUCCGCGUUUACUCUUACAAGGCCAUGAAUUGCCUACUCGAGAUGUUUACCUACCGCCACCCCAAAUUCCCCAGUCUGGUAACUACAGCGGCAGUAGUAGCAAGAACAAUGCGCUUCUGCAGACGCACUCUGCACAUACUGCCAGUCGAAAUCCGCACUCCGAAUUCGGCGACGAUAGUACGGUCGUGGGCGACAAAGCCGAAGUCGAGACUCUGCGUAGCGACCUGAAUUUUCUGGAUACAGACUCCGAUAAUGCAUCUUAUGACGAGAGGCAAUGGAAGCUAAUGGACAACAAGGCACUCGGCUUGCUAGGCAGGCACUGGGAGUGA